GCCAUGGCCGAAGAGCCAUUCGGGCUGAAAAAAACUGGCAGGGAACCGUUACCCCGCCCCAUCAGCCCCGAUUGCCAUCACUACUCUGCUCCCAAACCCCUCUUCUGCUUUCUCCUCCCACCCUUAAACCCCAGCCGGCCCGCCGUCGCCGUAAUGCCUCGCCUUGUUGUCUCCCCGGUACUUCGUCCAUGGCAACAAAGCAUCACGUAUCGGCCGUGAUCUUUGAUCUGGACGACACCCUCCUGGACACUGAGAGUGUAACAAGAGGCGUCUUGAACGAUUUCCUCGCGACAUAUGGGAAGUCAGCGGACGCGGAAAAGGAGGAGGGGAGGCUGGGGCAGAGUCACAGCGAGUACGCGGCUGGGAUCAUCGCAGAUUACGGGCUGCCGCUCACUCUCGAGGAGUACUCUGAGGCAAUAUUCCCCUUGAAUCUCAAAAGCUGGCAGAAGGCAAAACCACUUCCUGGGGUUAGAAGACUUCUCAAGCAUCUUCACAAGAAUGGAGUACCGCUGGCACUUGCUUCCAACUCCGAGACGAGAAUUAUCCAUCAAAAAAUACUCAAACUAGGAGGGUUUGGUUCCCCAUGCGCUCACACCCAAAAACUAUGGGGGGUCGGCAUUGUACUUUACCUACCAAUGAUCAGUCGUCGAACUUCAAACAUUUUCUACACCCUUAGGGAGAUAGAGCAGGGAGAUGAGCUCUUUCUUUUGUUGCAAACUCAGAGUGCAAUCGCCAUGCUCUUCAAGAGUGGUGGCCCCAAGCCUAAGCACCGACAAGAACUGAAAGACUAUUUUUCUGUGGUUCUUGGUGUUGAUCAGGUUCCUCGUGGAAAACCUUACCCUGACAUAUAUCUGGAAGCUGCAAACAGACUAGGUGUAAAUCCAUCAUCAUGCUUGGUCAUAGAAGAUUCUCUUGUUGGAAUCCGGGGUGCCAAGGCUUCUGGGGCAAAGGUAGUCGCUGUUCCAUCACUCCAAACUGAAAAGCAACAUUACUCAAUUGCCGAUCAUGUCCUCUGUUCACUGCUGGACUUCCAUCCUGAACUAUGGGGUCUUCCUCCAUUUGACGAUCGCAUUCAAGGUGCAUUGCCCAUGGAUCCAUUGUACUCAAAUGCUCACAUAGGAAAUGUGAUCUCAAACAAUAUUCAUAUGAUAGUAGCAGGUGAACAUACCUACGACUCUGUUCCUGGCCAAUUAUCAGGAAUUGUUUUUGGUUGGGCCAAGUUAGAACCACAUGGAGUAUCUACGGUGGUUGUCAGCAUUGGGUGGGACAUUUCGCCGCCGGCUGUUGGAAGAGUGAUGCACAUAUGUUUUCUUGAUCCCUGCUGCAAUGCCAAAUCAGGGGAGCCACUUGAGCUACUGUUAGUUGGUUACAUCCGGGAGCUCCAAAGCACGGGAAGUACUACAUCUCAAGCAUUGAGCAUUACUGAGGAAGACCAAAGCAUCGCGAGGGAUGCACUGAACCUCCCAGCCUUCUCCGAACUAGAGGAGCUAACGCUCUUCAGUGCGCCUGGGAAGGAAUCAUCCGAGUGA